CCCCUAACAUCCAGGCUUUAUUACUACUAUAUCCUGGAGUUGGCUUUCUACUGGUCCCUCAUGUUUUCUCAGUUUACAGACAUCAAAAGGAAGGACUUCCUGAUCAUGUUUGUCCAUCACUUGGCCACGAUUGGACUCAUCACGUUCUCUUACAUGAAUAACAUGGUGAGGGUUGGGACUCUGGUGCUGUGUCUCCAUGAUGCUUCAGAUUUCCUCUUAGAGGCUGCAAAACUGGCCAAUUAUGCCAAGUACCAACGUCUGUGUGAUGCUUUCUUCAUGCUCUUCGGGGUCGUGUUCAUCGUGACACGCUUGGGCAUUUACCCUUUCUGGAUUCUCAACACGACCCUGUUUGAGAGCUGGGAGCUCAUCGGUCCUUACCCCUCCUGGUGGCUCUUCAAUGGGCUCCUGGUGACCUUACAGGUCUUGCAUAUCUUCUGGUCUUACCUCAUCAUCCGCACGGCCUCCAAGGCCCUGGUGCGCGGCAAGGUGUCCAAGGACGACCGCAGUGACGUGGAGAGCAGCUCUGAGGAGGAGGAUGUGACCUCCAACAGCACAAAAGGAGUUUGCAGCAGCUCCAGCAACGGCUCCAACCGCAGCAACGGCCACGUGGCUGGUGGCCAGUGGACAGGAGAGGAGUAA